UUGAAUUCAGUCUGUGCUCUGCCGCGUAUCUGCAUAAGUGAUCCGGAUCUAGGAUGCGAUAAAUUUUGAAUACGCCGAAUCAAUCACACACAGAUAACCGGAACAGCGCGACUUCGCGCACUUAUCGGGCUAAGAAAUACAUAAAAAUAUUUCAAUGAAAAAAAAAAACCAAAAAUCGCAGCAAGAUUAUCUGAGGACAAUAUUUUGAAUAUUUUGCAAUUUUAAACCGAGGCGCUUUUUUGUGCUCUACUUGAAUAUUUUGAACUAAAGAUCGCCGGUGAUAAAGUUGAUCAACUUUUAACGAAAAUGAUGUUCAAAUUGCGUUUGCUAUUUGCUGUUAUGAACGUGAUAUAUCUACCACUGGAGUGGAUCGUGUUGUUGAUUUAUAAAAAACCGCGAUGUAGUUUGACACCAAUAACGAAAUCUUUAUUUACGUUAAGCGCUACGACGAUAGCCAAAAAAAUUCGGGAGAAAGAGAUUACAAGCUACGAAGUGGUGAACGAGUAUAUAGAACGCAUUAAGGAAGUGAAUUCCUCUCUAAAUGCUGUUGUUGACAAUCGAUUUGAAAACGCUAUAAUCGAGGCAAAGAAAUGCGACGAACAAUUGCGAUCCGGCAAACUUGACCUCGAAAAGUUGAAAAAGGAAAAGCCGCUUUACGGCGUGCCGUGUACCAUGAAAGAAUCCAUCGGAGUCAAAGGAUGCAGCCAUACAGGUUGCACUUUAUCGCGCAAGGGUGUGAAAGCGACCGACGACGCAGUUGUCGUCAAGUUGCUCCGAGAUGCCGGAGCGAUUCUGCUGUGCAUCACAAACACCCCGGAGAUGUGCAUCUGCUUCGAAACCACAAAUCUAGUUUAUGGUCAUACCAAAAAUCCUUACGACGCCAGAUAUUCCGCGGGUGGAUCGUCCGGCGGCGAGGGUGCGUUACUUGGAGCGGGCGCUAGCUUAAUCGGAUUCGGUUCGGACUUGGGCGGUUCUAUAAGAGUACCCGCUCUUUACAACGGCGUUUUUGGACACAAACCCACCAGUGGAAUUGUUUCGAACACAGGACACUAUCCGUUAUCCGAUGAUAAGUGUUUUCAGAGUUUAUUAUGCCUUGGUCCAUUAGCUAGAUACGCGGAAGAUCUCAGUCUUGUUAUGAGAGUGAUAACGUCUCAGUGCGGUUGUAACUUACGUCUAGAUGUGCCGGUCGACGUUAACGAAUUAAAAGUUUACUAUCUGCAAAGCUUGGACAGAUCGCUCGGCGUGUUGCCGGUAACAGCGGAAAUAAAAAAUUGCGUACAACAAGCUGCAAACCACUUUAUGAAGUACGGCGUUAGCGUAGAAAAGCUACCAAUCAAAUUGCCGGCCGAAAUAUGUGAAAUCGCUCUGACAAAAAUUAUAAGCAUGGAAAACCCUGUGUCGCUGCUUAACGCCGACAAUACUAAGAAGGAUCCACUUUACGAGUUGGGAAAAGGUCUGCUCGGCUUGUCGGAAAACAUGAAAGAAACAUGUAUAAUGAUGCUGGCUUUUAAACACAACCUAUUUUUCUCAAAAUCAGAUAUAUCAAAGUACGCAAAACAAGGAGAAUCAAUUCGACAAAAGCUUGUGAAUCUGUUGGGUGAGAAUGGCGUAUUUAUUUAUCCAACUUUUCAUCGUUCGGCAGUUCUUCCAAAAUUUUCUAUAUGCGAAAUAAUGAACCAUGUGUAUACUUAUCUUUUCAAUACUUUUGGUUUUCCUGCAACGCAUGUGCCGAUGGGUCUAAAUCGAGACGGAUUGCCCAUAGGCGUUCAGGUGAUAGCUGCACCUUAUCAAGACCGUCUCUGUUUGGCGGUCGCGAAAGAAUUGGAGACAGCUUUCGGUGGAUGGAUUCCACCAUCACCGUUAGCGAUAAAAAACAAUUAGCAGCACGUUGGUAUUGGUAGCGUUAAUUUGUUUAUUUAUCAAAUCAGCAGGAAAGGUAUUUUCUUUUGACGGACAAAAACAACGAACCAUUUAAACAUUCGGAUAAGAUAGUUAUUACGCAACUAACUAUUUUCGAUUCAACAUAAUAAGUAUCCAGAUAAUUAAUUAAUUCUCUAAAUCUACAUUUUUUUUGUAUGUGAAGUGAAGAAUGCAUUAUGUAUGUUUAAA